AAACCCCAAUAGCCCAAAGCCACAAAACCCCUCUAAUUUCCUGUCAUUAGACUUUGCUUUGCACUUAAUUCAAAACUCAGAACACCAACUUUCAUUAGAAUGGAAGGAAAAGAACGUGAAGAAGAAGAGGAUAUCAUUUGCUUGGAUGAAUCAUUCUUCAUCAAUGACAAUUACCAGCUCACAACCUUUACUUUUGGGUCUCAUGUUCUUCAGCUUUAUUGCCUCCAAGCUGCUUCGACUGAUUUUGAUUUAACAGGUCAGCUGGUGUGGCCUGGGGCAGUGCUAUUGAAUGAUUAUCUUUCCAAAAAUGCUGGCAUUCUGCAAGGGUGUUCUGUAAUUGAACUUGGCUCUGGUGUAGGCAUUACUGGAAUACUGUGCAGCAGAUUUUGUCGUAAAGUUGUUUUGACAGAUCAUAAUGAAGAGGUUCUUAAGAUUCUUGAGAAAAACUCAGAGUUAUGUGUAUCUACUCAAAGUUCCAUUUCUUGUGCUGGUUUAAAGCCCAAGAAGCUAGAAUGGGGGAACUCUGACCAGCUCAACCAUAUUUUACUGGAAAAUCCAGAAGGAUUUGAUUUAGUCCUUGGAGCUGAUAUCUGUUUUCAGCAGUCAAGUAUUCCUCUGCUCUUUGAUACGGUUAAACAGCUCCUUGUUCAUGCUGCACCAAAAUGCAAAUUUAUAUUGGCUUACGUAUCCAGAGCAAAAGUCAUGGAUACGCUCGUUGUUCAUGAAGCCAUUCAGCAUGGAUUACAGAUGAAUGAAGUUGAUGGGACUCGUGCUUUGGUUAAAAAUCUUGAAGGAGUUAUCUUUGAGAUCACCUUAGAGAUAAACAAUUGCAGUUAAGGAUGUCCAGGCGGUACUGCACCAAGGAAAAGUUACUAUUGUCAGAGUAAAGAGAUGAGUGUAGCUUCUAGUGACCCCCAUUUGCAACAUUAAUUAUAGCAUAUGAGAUCAUGUUUUUCUGUAUUCUUGUAGUCGUGGAGAGAAAGCAAGAAUUAAAGGAUCAAGUUGAAUUUCAGUUGUACAAGUGUAGCUUGUCAUAUUCUAUUCCUGUAUAAAAGACUUAACAGGUGAGUACUAUGUGCAUUUUGCUUUUGUGUUUCUUGCAGUCAGUAAA